AAGCAUUCUUAUAUCGUAGUGAGAUUUGCCCUAAACCUAAACGUGAAGGAAAAAGAAAGCAAUGGAAUGUUAUUUCAUUUGAUAAACCUAAUGAUGAAUUGGCUCGAAAUGCUAAGCCUAAGAAGUCAGUUCGUACCACUUCUAAAUUACCUACACCAACAUUAUCUCCACCUACUCUUAAAAAUGAAACUUCUUUAUCUGAACUCGCUGAAAAUUCGCCAAUCUUAGAUUUAGACAUGUUUGCUGAUUGGGAAGGUUUUUUAUAUCCCAGUCCGGAUUUAUCAGCAUAUAGUGAUGGUGAAAGUAGCUCACCCGAAAUUGAUGAAUAUAAUUUUAAUCUUGAAAUUAAUUCUCCACUACAAACCUUUGAUAAUUUUAAUUCACCAACUCUAACCGAGGAACAAUUCAUCGAUACCUUAGUUAAUUCACCGGUCCAAAUCGAAGAACAUCAACUCUUUGAUAGCUUGAUCAAUUCGCCAAUCCAAAUCGAAGAACAACUGCUCAUUGAUUCUUUAGCUAAUAUUAAGGAUAAUCCUUUAACGACUGUCUUUAAUAACCAACUCGGAAUCUUUAAUCCAGAGUAUUUAAACACAGAAAUUUUCUCGAACGAUCUCUACAACAAUCAAUUAAUUUCCUCUAGUUUAUUGGACGAUUCAUCAACAUCACUAGAUUCCAAUAAUUCUUAUUAUUUCUAA